AUAAAAAUGGCUGCCUUGUUGUUGGCGACUGUUGGGUGCUUGUUUGGAAAUUAAAUGUUUGUUUCUUUCUUAUAAUAUGAUUUCCAAUAACUGCAUGUGUAAAAUAUUGCAGAUUAGGACGGAUGAUAUAAUAAAUUGAUUAUCUUACCGUUUACCUAAACCCCAGCAGUUGUCCGAGAGGAGAGCAUUUUUAUAUAAAUGAGCCCCACCUAGUACCAUAAGCUAAUAGGUACCGUAAGCGGUUAUAUUUCUAGAGAAGUUAACGUAGUAUGUCCAAGAUGUGGCCAGCGUCGCAGUACUCUCACAGCAAUGCCCCGAUCCCCAACAAUGCGGGCAAGGCUAAUGAGCACCAAAAUCAGCAGAACUUGAAGACGUUGGGCAUGACCUCUGCUAUUUCUAUGGCAGGUCCGAAGCCCAUUGAUAUAGAAAAAACAGCCGAGUUGAAGGAAUCCCUGGUCCCUUAUGGGGUGUUUGAGUCCGAACAAGAGAUGCAUCACCGUAUGGAAGUACUGGGGUCCCUGCAUCGGCUGGUGAGGCAGUGGAUCAGAGAAGAAUCUAUGAGGAAGAACAUGCCGCCAAGUGUUGCUGAUACUGUUGGUGGCAAUAUUUAUACUUUUGGAUCUUAUCGGCUUGGGGUGCACCACAGAGGUGCUGACAUAGACGCGCUUUGCGUGGCCCCGCGUCACAUCGACCGGAUUGACUACUUCGCGUCUUUCUACGACCUCCUCAAGUUGCAGCCACAGGUAAAAGAUUUGAGAGCAGUAGAAGAUGCAUUUGUGCCGGUCAUCAAGAUGAACUUUGACGGAAUUGAGAUUGAUUUGCUGUUCGCCAGGUUGGCACUCAAAGAGAUACCAGAUUCAUUUGACUUACGCGACGAUAUGUUGUUGAAGAACUUAGACCAGAAAUGUGUGCGGUCCCUCAACGGGUGUCGCGUGACUGACGAGAUACUCCGUCUCGUGCCAAAUAUCAAUAACUUUAGGCUCACGCUUAGAGCUAUUAAACUGUGGGCUAAACGCCACGGCAUAUACUCCAACACUUUAGGCUACCUGGGCGGUGUCUCCUGGGCCAUGCUGGUAGCCCGAACCUGCCAACUGUACCCCAACGCGCUACCAGCUACUUUGGUGCACAAGUUCUUCCUGGUCUUCAGUCAAUGGAAGUGGCCGCAGCCUGUGCUGCUGAAGCAGCCGGAUUCUGUCAACCUUGGAUUUCCUGUUUGGGAUCCUAGAGUGAACAUCUCGGACCGGUUCCACCUGAUGCCGAUCAUAACGCCAGCGUACCCGCAGCAGAAUUCCACGUUCAACGUGUGCGCCUCCACCAGGACGGUCAUCAUGGAGGAGUUCAGACUCGGUCUAGCAAUAACAGACGAGAUAAUGCUCGGCAAAUGCGGCUGGGAGCGUCUGUUCGAAGCGCCGAACUUCUUCUCUCGCUACAAGCACUUCAUAGUACUGCUGGCUUCCUCCGCCAGUCCUGAUGAUCAGCUGCAGUGGUGCGGCCUCAUUGAGAGCAAGAUCAGACAUCUUAUUACCACCCUGGAGCGCAAUUCACACAUAACGAUAGCGCACGUGAAUCCCGAAUGCUACAACUCAGUGCCACUUAACACCAACAACGGACAACCGCUCGCCUUGCCGCCAGGAGCACCAGUACCCUCAGAGACUGCGCCUGAAGUCAAAAAGAAUGAAAAUGGUGAAAUCAUAGCGAACUACUGUUCUAUGUGGUUCAUUGGGCUCGUGUUUGAGAAGACUAACUUGAAUGUGGAUCUGACGUAUGACAUAUUGUCUUUUACGAAGGCGGUCAACUGUCAAGCUGAUAACACUAAUAUGUUGAGAGAAGGAAUGACUAUUGAGGCUCGUCACGUGCGUCGCAAGCAGCUGCACCAGUACCUGUCGGCGUCGCUGCUGAAGCGCGAGCGGACCACCUCCGGCACCAAGCGCAAGCCCGAGCCCGCGCCGCCGCUGCCCGCGCCCAGCAAGAAGACCAAGCGCCUGUCCGAGAGCAGCACGGACGAAGUAAGCGUCCUAUCCUACAACGAAGACUCAAACUCAUCAAACAUGUAUGAAGUGAACAUGGCCAACGGGACCGCCCCGCACACAGCCACGGAGGCCGCCAAGCCUGCCGACAAGCCCGACCACCCAUCCACGUCCAACUCCAUUGCUUGCACGUAGCAGUACGAGGAGUGGCGGACCAGGUUCAUCUACGGAACCAACGUCAAGCUCACCAGAACCAAACGCGUGUAAAACUAAAGUGAACUAAGUGAUUAUAGUGUGUAAGAACCCGUGAUAAAGAUAAGUUUUCGAAUUUUGGUGCAAUUACUUGUGACGUUUUGGUGUUGUCGCCCAUUUGGACUGAUGGUUUCGUUAUGGUGAGUAUUUUGAUGUUCUCAAAACACUGAUUGCGUAGCGAAUGGAGUGUUUUCGCAUUAAUAUUCCAUUUGUCGACUCGACAUUUGACUGCCACGGUAUAAGCAGUGUGACUAGAUAAGUCGUACGCAAUUUCUAUUCACUACACUUGUAAAUAAUUCCAUUAUUUAAUCAAAAUAAUUUUAAAGUAUUUUAGAACAAAAACUAAUAGAUAUUUUACAUAUCUUUUAGGUAUAGGUCUCGGACAAAUAUGCCACUAGCGGGAUUUACGAGUUUUAAAGUAAUACAAUUUAGAUUUAUGACAAAUAUUGAUGUAAUAUAGAAUAUUAUUUGGGAGUCCGCGCCGAUCCAGCGAUAUCGAGCAUUUGGUCGAGCUAGCGAGACAGAUAUAUUGACAUGUGAUACGGGGACAACGCAUCGUGGCUGCGUAAGUUAUCAAAUAUCAUUAGAUAUACGUUCAUAAAGUAAAUGAAAAUGGAAAAAAAAUGUUUUAGAUGUAACAAGUGAUAUGAAAACGAAGGUCCGUUAAUUGUACGAGAUAUUCCGGUGUUGUUUAUUUGCAGAUGGAGUUCGCGCGGCACGGGGUCAUGUAAGUCUGCUCUGUCAAACUUAGGGUAGGAGUGUCAGACCGUUUGCAAGAACAUAUGUUCAAACACCACGUUUACACGCACAAUGAGAUUAACAUGACUGACGACGCUUCCACACUAAAAGUAAGCAAAGGGGGUGUUAAUACGAAUAUUUCUUCGUAGAUUGGCAAGUCUGGGAGGGAAAAAACUUCGGAUCGUUGGUUCCUACGCGCCUCGUCGGCAGAAUCGGCUCGUGCACGUGAACACUCCAUUUGUUUACUAAUCUUUGGUGUUAGAGAGUAUCUAACACCAAAGUAUAGCGUAUAUUUUUUUUAUUAAUUAAGCGUGUCAGUCAUGUUAAUAGCAUUUACGUUAAAAUCGUAAACACAGUAAAAAUAGGUCGAGCACUACCACUGUUCAUUACGCUCAGAACAAAUUGGGUGUUUAUUUUUUAUUUAAAAUAGUAUUUUUUUAACUUAUGUCCUGAUUUUCAAAAAUAGAUUUUUGUGCUGGUUUCAUUAUUUCUGCAUUUGAACUGUCUGCUAGAUAAAUUCGUUCAUUUUUGGAUGAAAUUAUCUUCUAGCCAUUAAUUUUCAAGUGAUGAGACUAAGCAACCACUGAUUUAAUUUGCUAAACAUAGUUAUUUGCAAUUUCCAUCGUUCAUUCAUCACCAAUGAAAAUUGUGCGAUCUAAUAAUUUUGCAUGAUGCGAUCUGCAAAAUUGAAUUUUAAAUACACAAUUACACAAAUAGGAACAAUUUAGCUUCUUUAUUAAAUAAGACAAGAAUAAAAAUCUUGCUCUCCCUUUAUGAUAAAGAACAAUUUGCCUAUUCUAUCAUCCAAAAUUAUUAUGUUAAGCACUUGUAAUAUAAUUUAUUUAGUAAGGCCAACGCUCCUAAUAUCCAAAUACCAAAGUUCCUAAGAAACCCACCAGAUAUCAACCGAAUACCUAACAAUAUGAGAAUUAACCCUUCAAGGCAUGUACUUAAAGUAUGACCCCUAAAUUAUUAUUUCUUGCAAACGGUCAGUGAUAGUACAAAGUGGAAGAAAUUGAUCAAAUAUUAUUCAUUUUGUUUUUUUUUUAUGUUUUUCAUACGCUUUUUUGUAACUCGACAACCUUAUUGUCAGUACCUGUAAGGUGACCUCCAGUUUUUUAAGUCUGAAAGUCUGGCGUUAGAAUAUCUGUUUUCAAAACUAACGUCAGCUGUAUUUUUGAUAGGUUUCAAGCCUUGUUAAUAUCAGUUUAGCUACAUUUUGUGGGGUUCCCAUGGUGUUUUAGUGGCCUAACAGUCGAUAUUGAUAUUGUAACUGCCAUUUACUUAAAAAGUAAUUUUUCAAAUCCUCGGUUGAUUAGCGUUGUAACUUAUUGUUGUCAGGCCAAAAUGAGUCUGAGUCUGUAGUUAGUAAAAUAUUAACGAAAGUAACUUUGUUAGGUUUGAAGAACAUUUUUGUAGAAGCUCAUUUACAUUGACAAAUCUACUAAAAUAUUGUUUACUAAUAGUUUCUAGACAAUGCCAACAAUUAAAGAGUUAAGUGUAGAUUUCGUCAUUUUAGUUUUCAGUUCUAGACAUGACUGUUCUCUAAUGUAAACGAGAACGUAAAUAAUGUAGAACAAUUUAACGGUGAGACCAAAAGACUGAUUGCAGUAAUGUUGUCGAGUUAUCAAUUGUUUUUCCAACUGUAUUGACGACAAGCAAUACUUUCUUCUGCUUUACGUCCAGGGCAUAAACUUAUCAUUUGCAGUUUUUUAUUUGACAUUUAUUUUGCCCAAUUAUAUUAUCAGAUUCGGUACGUUUGUGUGAAAAUUGCAUUUUUCACGUGGCUACGUUCAACUAGAUAUAAACAAAAUGAUUCCACCUAGUUAAUAAGACUCAAUGUAGUUGUUCAUAAGGACCUUCAGGCUUAAUGUAAGUUGUAUAUAAUUCGAUAGACAAUUGAUGAUUAUAUUAUAUGAAAGUAUAUAUCUGGUAAACAAUAAUAUAAAAUUGAAAAAAAAAAACAAUAAAUGUAUAUACAAAGGGA